CGGACGCGCGCGCGAAUGCGCAUCACCUCGCUCAGCCUUGGUCCCGGCGGCUGAGGAGAGAAGGAGGGACGGACGGAGACGCGCACCGGAGACGCGACACCUUGGAGCCCCUCGACCCGGCGGCGGCGGGGAGCUGAGCGGCGGCGGACGGCCUCGAAGAUGAAGUGCAAGCCGAACCAGACGCGGACCUACGACCCGGAGGGGUUCAAGAAGCGGGCGGCGUGCCUGUGCUUCCGGAGCGAGCGCGAGGACGAGGUGCUGUUAGUGAGUAGCAGUCGGUACCCGGACCGCUGGAUCGUGCCGGGCGGGGGCAUGGAGCCCGAGGAGGAGCCGGGCGGUGCGGCCGUCCGCGAGGUGUUUGAAGAGGCGGGAGUCAAGGGGAAGUUAGGCCGGCUCCUGGGCAUUUUCGAGCAGAACCAAGAUCGCAAGCACAGAACAUACGUGUAUGUACUGACUGUCACUGAGAUUCUGGAGGAUUGGGAAGAUUCGGUUAACAUUGGGAGGAAGCGAGAGUGGUUCAAAGUCGAAGAUGCGAUCAAGGUUCUCCAGUGCCACAAGCCCGUGCAUGCCGAAUAUCUGCAAAAACUAAAGCUGGGCGGUUCCCCAACCAAUGGAAACUCCGUGGCCCCGUCCCUGCUGGAGGGCGAUCCCUAG